CCCCGGGACACGACGGAAGACGGGCGAAGGUUCAACUUCAAGGUGACGUCGUGGAAUGUGGACGGUCUCAGGGCCUGGGUGAAGAAAGGAGGCCUGGAGCGGGUCCAGGCCGAUGCCCCCGACGUCCUUUGCCUCCAGGAGACCAAAUGUGGGGCCGAGUCGGUGCCAGAGGAGCUGCGGAGCCUCGGGGCCUUCCCUCACCAGCACAGCCCCAGCGACCGGCCCAGCUACAGCGGCAUGGGGCUGCUCAGCAGGACCAAACCCCUGGCUGUCACCUAUGGCAUGGGUGACCCCGAGCUGGAUGCCGAGGGCCGCGUGCUGACGGCCGAGUUCCCUGCCCUGCGCGUCGUCUGCGUCUACGUGCCCAACUCCGGGCGAGGCCUGGGCCGCCUGAGCUUCCGGCAGGCCUGGGACGAGCGCUUCUGCUCCUUCGUGUCCCAGCUGGACCGGUCCAAACCGGUCGCCAUCUGCGGCGACCUCAACGUCGCCCACCAGACCUUGGACCUGAGGAACCCGUCGGGGAACAAGAGGAGCCCCGGGUUCACGCGGGAGGAGAGGGAGGCGUUCAGGGAGCUGCUGGGGGCGGGCCCACGACCUCCCCUUGAUCCUGUGACCCUGCCAUGA